GCCACACCCCCAGCCAUUUUCUCCACCCAUGACACCGCCUCCUACCCUGAGCCCAGCAACUGAGGCUAGGGAGGGAGCAGGAGGGGCGGGGAAGGAACAAGGGCCCCCCAAAAGUGUGAAAGAGCAAACCGUGGUAGCCAGUAAGUUCCGGGUUCCCGCCGCCGGCAGUCCGCAACCUGGAGGACACAUCCUUGGGAGUUGCUGGGAACAGGAUUGAACUGCUCAGGGGUAACAAACAAGCAGACAGACAAACAAAAACAACAAGAACAAAAACAUGAGUGUGGAGCCCAAGUACCGUGCAGCUUCCCUGUACGUGGGCGACCUCCACGAAGAUGUCACUGAGGACAUGCUGUUCAUGAAGUUCAACACAGUGGGGCCAGUGUUGUCCAUCCGCAUCUGCAGGGACAUUGUUUCCAGUCGUUCACUAGGCUAUGCCUACGUCAAUUUCCUCCAGCUGGAUGAUGCCCAGAAGGCCCUGGACACCAUGAACUUUGACUUAAUCAAAGGUAAAUCCAUCCGUCUCAUGUGGUCUCAAAGAGAUGCCUACCUAAGGAAAUCGGGAAUUGGGAAUGUGUUUAUCAAGAAUCUGGACAAAUCCAUUGAUAACAAAACCUUAUAUGAACACUUCUCACCUUUUGGAAAGAUCCUGUCCUCCAAGGUGAUGAGCGACGACGAAGGCUCCAGGGGCUAUGGCUUCGUGCACUACCAGGACCAGAGUGCCGCAGACAGGGCCAUUGAGGAGAUGAACGGGAAGCUGCUAAAGGAAGGCUCCUUGUUUGUGGCCAGGUUCAAAAGCCGCAAGGAUCGGGAGGCUGAGCUCAGUGAGAACACCAGCGAAUUCACUAAUGUAUACAUCAAAAACUUCGGAGAUGAUAUGGACGAUGAGAGGCUCAGAGAAAUUUUCAGGAAAUACGGCCAAACUUUGAGCGUUAAGGUGAUGAAAGAUGCCAAUGGGAAGUCCAAAGGCUUUGGGUUUGUGAGUUUUGAUAGCCACGAGGCUGCAAAAAAUGCAGUUGAAGAAAUGAACGGACAGGACGUAAACGGGCAGACGAUUUUUGUAGGCAGAGCCCAGAGGAAGGUAGAACGCCAGGCUGAGUUAAAGGAAAAGUUUGAGGAGAUGAAACGGGAAAGAAUCCGGGCGCGUCAAGCGGCGAAACUCUACAUUAAGAACCUGGAUGAAACCAUCGAUGAUGAGACACUGCGCAGGGAAUUUUCCUCCUUUGGGUCCAUUUGCCGAGUUAAGGUGAUGCAGGAAGCAGGACAGAGCAAAGGGUUUGGCCUUAUCUGCUUUUUCUCUCCCGAGGCAGCUGCUAAAGCCAUGGCUGAGAUGAAUGGCCGCAUCCUGGGCUCCAAACCCCUCAACAUUGCACUGGGUCAGAAGCACUAAAUAGAAAUAUUCCUACCUCACCAAUCUGAGCAGCAGCUAGGAGAACAAAACCGCUCUCCACCUCUAGGGUGCUAUAAAGAAGGGUAAGCUUCAAAACCUGGUUGCUGCUUAAUUCAUUGCAAUUGUGCAAUGAACUUUGUAUGCAAAAAGCAUUUCUUUUACAUGCAUAAAAAUAUUUGUUGGAAGCUUGGCU